CACUUAAAACACAAUUUGAAAAAAGGGAAUCCCCUUCUUUCAUUUCUGUUUUUAAUUCCUCAGAUAAAAACGAGCUUGAACUGUCGUAUCAUAAGUAUAUUGUAUUCACAGUGGGUGCUCCUCAGCAGACAAAUUCGAUUGGCAACAAGCCAUCUUUUCUUUAGUGUGCACAGAAAGCUAAACUACGGAAGUUCUUUUCAUUCGCGUAUACACACACACACACACACACGCACACACACACUUUUACGUAUCUCAUAGCUUGCACAAUUCAUCCUACGCUGGCUGCUAUGUGAUUGUGCAACUGUACAAAACCACGUGUUUCUACAGAAACAGACCCGCCCCUAAAAUGUCACUGACUAUUCUGGGGUUGUAGUUACAUUACCUCGAUAUUUGUAUACGAGUAUCAGUUGGAAAGAGAUCUACAAACUACGAUUCCCAGAACUUGGUAUUCUAAGAAAAGUGUAUAAGCGUUACCACAUGUAACCACAGUAAGGGUUUGGCAUUUAGAGGGUAUUGUUGCAUUUUAUUGAUUAUUUUUCUCCUGUCAUGUCUUCUUUCUUUUUUGCCGGCGUGGGUAGGACGGUUCCCUCAAAAGUCAAGCUUCUUUUGCCUCAUUUCAGCAACCGGUGUGCAGUUUCGAACUUAGGUUUAGUGCAUUGUCCAUUAAAAACACGAGUUCUGCAGAACACAAAUGCUGGCUUUAAACUUUCCAACGUGAGAUACAAGUCCAGUAUAGCAGGGGACAGAACUGCAAGUGGGUCGAACGGUAAGAAAGUCCGGCUAGUUGCUGGUGCUGCACUGGUAGCGAGUCUGGCUGCUGGUUUAAGUCACUUUCAAAGAGCUGAGAUGAAAUCUACAGUGGCCGUUCAUUCUGAGACAGGCAAAAUGGUUGAAGAUGAUAUUUUGGAAAAGUGCAAAUGUUUUAUGUCUCAACCUGUGACAGAAGUCCAAGUCCUGCAGAAAAAUAAGGAAGAAAUGAGGACGAAGAUGGAGAUGAUGAUUUUGCAAACACAAGCAGAAUUUUGCAAAGCUCUCGCUGAUGUAGAUGGGGGAACUUUUCAAGUGGACCGCUGGGACAGGAAAGAGGGCGGUGGAGGUAUCAGCUGCAUCCUGCAAGACAGCCACAUUUUUGAGAAGGCUGGGGUAAACCUGUCGGUUGUGUUCGGCGAUCUUUCUGAGGAAGCAGCCCAGCAGAUGAGAAGCCGAGGGAAAUCACUUAAAAGGAAAGAUGGAAAGCUGCCAUUCUGUGCUAUGGGAGUGAGUUCUGUGAUCCACCCGAAGAACCCUCACAUCCCCACGAUACAUUUCAACUACAGAUACUUUGAAAUCGAAGAAGCCGAUGGUUCAAAGCUGUGGUGGUUUGGUGGAGGAACAGACCUGACACCUGCAUAUGUUAAUAAGGAGGAUGCUGUUCAUUUUCAUAAAACCCUGAAGAAUGCCUGUGAUAAACAUGACAGCAAGCUGUAUCCAGUGUUUAAAAAAUGGUGCGACAACUAUUUCUUUAUUAAGCACCGGGGGGAGAGAAGAGGAGUCGGUGGAAUUUUCUUCGACGACCUGGAUUCCCCCACAAAGGAAGAUGUGUUUGACUUUGUGAGGAGCUGUGCCAAAGCUGUUGUGCCCUGCUACAUACCAAUUGUGAAGAAACACCUCAAUGACUCUUUCACCUCAGAGGAGAAGCAGUGACAGCAGCUUCGUAGGGACAGGUAUGUGGAGUUUAACCUGGUUUAUGACAGGGGAACAAAGUUUGGCCUUGCAACACCCGGGUCCAGGAUAGAAAGUAUUCUGAUGUCUCUGCCACUUACUGCAAGAUGGGAGUACAUGCAUGAACCUCCUAAGGGUACAAAGGAAGCAGAAACAUUGCAAGUGUUAUGUAAUCCCAAAGACUGGGCAGAAUAACUAAAAGAAACUGAAAUAGAUAUAAAUACCAACAACCCUUAGUUCACUGAUUUAGAUAAUCUGCAUAUCGCCCAAAACCACUAUGUCAUUGCACUCAAUAUAUGAAAGUUAUGAGGAGACUUCCUAAAAGAGAUGCUGAAAGUAAACUGUCAGUAUCUCUAUUGGAAACAAACAUUCAGGUUAUUGUGUAUGAAAAAGUUGGGUGCAAUUCUUUUUAAAGCAAAAAAAAAAAAAAAGUAUUUCUGUGUUAACUUUUUAUUUAUUAUAUCUGCAAAAAAAAUACAUAAUGUUCAGUUCUGCAUAGUGUUUUCCUUGUAUAACUUGAAGCUCCCUAUAAUGUAUCAAAUCAAAUUCCAGUUAAAUAAUAACUUAAUCAUUUUUUUUUUUAAUUAAAAAAAAAAUUAAAGCAUCUAUGUGAGUUUCCAUCCUGUUUCAGGAUUACUUUUUACUCUGGACUAAGCGUGAUUUCAAUUUGUUUAAGCCUUGAACAUGGUGUGGAUUAAAGUAUCAGUCUUUGUAUUUAUUCAAGUGUCAGUCUUUGUAUUUAUUCAUGUGCUGUACAGACUUUUUGUGUUGCAGUUGUAAAAGCUAUAAAAUUACAUAUUUAUAUGCCUUUUCUCAAGUUUUGUAAAACUUUCCUGGUUAUUUAGGUAACAAAAAGUAAAGCACAGUAAUGGCAAGUAUUGUAAGGCUCUCUUCAGUCUCUUGUUUUUAAGUUUUUUUAAGAUUGGUAAAGCAAACCCAGCUCUGUCAUUAAAUAACCUCAAACCUGUUCUAGAGCGAAAUCAGUGUUUAAAAAGUUAAUGAAUACCACCGUAUUUCAAUGUAUAAUAUAUAACCUGUUUUCACCAAUUUGAGUAUUUUUUAGAAAAAAGAUUUAGA